UUGUCAGUUCAUUUAGAGAGUUCGUUCGUGGUAGUCGUCAUUCUCGUGCGCGAUCUAGAAAAACCGUCAAGGAAGAUUUUACUGAACUUCUUCAAACCCCUACGAGGUACUCUAGUAUUGCAGCAAUGUCGGAACGCGAAAAUAAUAUCUAUAAGGCGAAGCUGGCCGAACAGGCCGAGCGGUACGACGAAAUGGUCGAAGCCAUGAAGAAGGUUGCUUCUAUGGACGUGGAGCUAACGGUUGAGGAAAGAAAUCUGCUAUCGGUGGCUUACAAAAACGUCAUCGGUGCACGCCGUGCUUCCUGGCGGAUAAUCUCUUCGAUAGAGCAGAAGGAAGAGAAUAAGGCAGUCGAGGAGAAGCUCGAAAUGAUAAAGAACUACCGCUCACAGGUUGAGAAGGAACUGCGCGAUAUCUGCUCAGACAUCCUUGAGGUGCUCGAUAAGCAUUUGAUCCCGUGUGCAACGACCGGUGAAAGCAAGGUAUUUUAUUACAAGAUGAAGGGCGAUUAUCAUCGCUAUCUGGCAGAGUUUGCGACCGGUGGCGAUCGCAAAGAUGCUGCCGAAAACUCGCUCGUUGCGUACAAGGCUGCCAGUGAUAUCGCGAUGACUGACCUUCCACCAACGCACCCAAUCCGAUUGGGAUUGGCUUUGAACUUCUCAGUAUUUUACUACGAAAUCCUGAACUCUCCGGAUCGUGCCUGCCGUCUAGCGAAAGCUGCGUUCGACGAUGCUAUUGCCGAACUGGAUACUCUGAGCGAAGAAAGCUACAAAGAUUCAACGCUAAUCAUGCAGUUGCUUCGAGACAACCUCACCUUAUGGACAUCCGACAUGCAGGCUGACGGUAAGAAGAAAGGAGAAGGUGAACAGAAGGAACAAAUCCAGGAUGUCGAAGACCAAGACGUGUCGUAAUUUGCGCGCGUCUCGUUUUAUGUGUGAGUUUAUUUUAUUAAUUAAAAAAAGCAAGAUAAGAGAUAAGCAUUAAGAAAUAAGAAAAUAAACAUAAGAAAUAUACACAAAACACAGACAUAGAGAGCAAAAGGGAUGGAAUAAAAGAAAAAAAUCUUCUUGCAAAUGAUCGUUCCACUCCCCCAGCAGCAGUUCAAGUGUGAAUUAUCCAGUCCCGGUAGCAUUAUUAACCAACAUUUCCAGAGAAGACAGAGAGCGACUAGAACGUAAAACACAGGACUAAAUAUGAAAGGAAUAAUUAAAGGCAGUACUUUCGAUUGCACCUUACGUAGAGGAAGACCAUCAAAAUGGAAAGAGCGAGAGAGUAAGAGCAAAAAAUGGGAAUUCAUUGAAAAAUAAGGAGUGAAAUAAAACAUCAUUUAUUCAUAAAAUAAUACACACAUACACACGCGUGAAAAGCGAAUUAUCUCUUAAACAACAAUGCAAAAUCGUAAAAAAGCAUAAUAACAACAGAAGCGCAAAGAAAAAUCUAAUCUUGUAGGAUAUCACACACCAACCAUACAACACUGUGUUGGAGAGAAAGAGAGAAAGUUUCCUAUUGUAGAGAGAGACAGGCAGCGCGCAACAAUGUAAGAAAAACUCACAGCAAAACCGAACAAGAUCAGUAACUUCAAAACAAAACCUCUAAAAUGAUAUGUGCAGUUUAUGUAGAUUUCGAGGCUCCCGGAAAGAACAUACUCUUACUUAAACACACACUCUCUUGUACUUCUCCGCAUUUUUGUCUUGUCCCAGGUUUCUCCCCCCAAGUUUCAUUGCAUAAAUCACUUGCGUCUCUCGGAACGUUUCCUUGCGCGUUUUUGUACCAGCUUUGUGAAGGCAUUAUCAUACCCGGCCUCCCUCGUAGUACACUACUUCAUACUUUAAGUAAAAUUAGCUACAUUCUCAUAGUUAUAGAUAAAGGAAGAAAAUGUUUCGUGUUUCAUCCUAGCAAAACGAACAACUUCACAUCCACUGAUCCACCCGUCAUCUGCAAUCACAACAUCAUCACAACCCGCCUAUUCGAUAUCUCUUCUAUGCGAGCUCAGCCUGAUGUUGUCAUUGCGCCUACAUCACGAUCGACCUGGUCAAUCAUUCCACUCUCAGUUUUCCUUAUGAUAUGCGGCGUACAUAUACGGCGUAUGCCGUAUAAUUCAAUGAUAUCCAUCACUCUUACCUCGCUUCUGUGCCACAGUGUAACAGUAGACUAGAGUUAGUGCAAGAGCGUCUGUAGGAGAUUCUCAGCUUUGAAAUAUUUUCGCUUUAUUGCUACGUGUCGGAAAUCACAUGUGUUGUGUGUGACAUGUUUUUCGAAUUGUGGAUCCUGAUGCGAUCCAAACGCUUUCUAGCAGCCACACAAAUGUAUGAAAGUGCACUCUGUUCUGCCUGCAAAAUAUAUUGCAACUAAUUAAUUAAGAUGGUUACGUAGGGUUGUGGAGUCAUUGCAGGCGACGGGCAACAUGGAGUUGUAAAGCGAUUAUAUCGCCACUACUACUUCGUUUCUAAUUUUCAGUGCUGUGUGGGAGUAGGGAAUUAAAAGUAUAACUUGACGCAUUUUUCCAUUCCCACACGAAACAUCCUUCAUCUAUUUUAACUUUGCUUUACCAGACGCUUUUGUUACUCAAGCACUUACCGAAGAGGAAGCAACAAACUAUUGCCCGUGUGUGUAUUGUUCCGACUCUAGGAAGAACAGUUCUAGAGGUGUGUGGCAAAGCUAUAGUGUAGCGCACUCUAUCCUCCAGCCCGUGACGACCUCCACCAGGGCUUGUGUUAAUUGUCCCAGCUUUUGAUGAUACUAAUAACAUAAUGCGGUAUACCUAAUGCAAAAGCACAUAAACACACACAUACACACUAUCACGCAGCGGGAGGAAGAGUAAAGCGUGUUCAAUAAACAUGAAAAUUAAAGUAAAGCA